CGCAGUCACCGUACAGGGAGCACUGAGAAAGCUCAACCCCUCAGGAGUAUCUGUCUAUCCAACAACCAUGCAGGCCGUAGCUCUGAUCCUUGCUCUGGCAGUCAUCACUGGCUGCAAUGCCCGUGUUGUGCGCCAGGCUGAUGCCACCACAAUAAGAUGGGAGGAAUCUGUGGAUCGUUUCUGGCAGUACGUCUCUGACCUGAACAAAAAGGCUGAUGGAGUUGUGGAGGAGCUCAAGUCCUCUCAGCUCACCAGGGAGCUAGACACUCUGAUCACCGACAGCAUGGCAGAGCUGGCAUUAUACAGAGAUGACAUCAAUACCAAGCUGACCCCCUACACCGAUACCUCCACUGGACAGCUGUCUCAGGACCUGCAGCUUCUGGCCAACAAACUCCAGAAGGACAUGCUGGAUGCCAAGGAGCGCAGUACUGAGUAUCUUGGUGAGCUCAAGACCAUGAUGGACCAGAACACCGAUGAUGUUCGCGGCCGCAUCAGCACCUAUAGCCACAAGCUGAAGAAACGCCUGAAUAAGGACACUGAGGCGAUUCGCAACUCCGUGGCCACCUACCUGGGUGAGAUCCAGUCCCGCACCUCCCAGAACUUCGACACCGUGAAGGAGAAUGUUGAGCCCUACGUCCAGCAGGCCAGUGACACCGCCAACAAGAAGCUGAGCGACAUCUCCACCAUUCUGAAGACCCAGGCUGAAGGCUUGGGCCAGCAGCUGGAGAGCCAGGCUGAGGGCAUCAAGACCCAGCUGGAGGCCACCGUCCAGGACCUGCGCACCUCCCUGGAAGGCAGGAUCGACGAACUGACCGAGAUGAUCUCCCCCUAUGCCACCCAGAUCCGUGAGCAGAUUGAGAACGUCAUGGAAAAGGUCAAGGAGACCGCCACUUCUUAAAGAAAGACUCUGAUUUCUUAAUACCCUGGGGGAAAGGUGGGAGUUGAGAGUUACUGAUGAUAUCUUCAUAUGGGUGCUCUAUUGUUCAGGAUAAGUGGAUGAUGAGAUGAAGGAGGGGGAUAAGGUGCGUCUUUUACAGAACAGCCAUCAGAUAAACGUCUGUUUGGCUUCUUGACUGCAUAGUCACCCUUUUUUCUCUUGUCACCUCCCUUGAUCACUGAACACAAGCAUCCCAGUCAGUAACAGCAUUUAAUACACGAACAGGAAACUAUUUUUGGUAAUAUGCUUUGCUUUUCUACUGGUAAUUAACCGUUAUAGCUGUCAACCCACCACCCAACGUUUUGUAUUGAGCUUCCUACAUUGCGUUUGGUUGUACACAUAACUGCUGUCCUCAUAGGCAUGGUAUAUCAUUCCUAAAUGCACCUAGCACAAGUGUCUUUCUUUUCAAUAAAUACACUGAAUAAUGAUUAUGAUCAAAAGAUGGGGGGGGGGUGUGCGGGAUUUUAGGUGAACCACUAAAGUGUCCUUCUGUAUUCUCUGCAUUUCUUGUUGUGCUUCACACAGAAGAAUAAUGUAAAACUUGAUGCAUCAGUUAUUGUAAUGCUGCCUGUCUGUUCUUUAGUCUGACUUUAGUGUCCCUUGUGUGUCACAUGCCCACCAUGCUGCUCACUGUAAGCACACUGUCUGUGUGCUGAACAGUGCUGAGUGAAUAAAGAACUUAGAAAACAUG